GUUUAAAGGUGGGCCAAUUCUAUUGCGUUCGGCUAUAUGGGCCUAGGCUGAACCGAGCCCAAUUGUCGAUGUUAACACCGGUUUGUAGGGAUUUGGGCCGGGCCAGUAGCCCGAUGUAUUGGAGCGGGAGAACUGGUUGUUAACUUGUUUCCUUUCCGGCCGCAGGAUAAAGGAAAGGAAGACUUGACGGCAGAACAGAACAGAGCUUAAAACCGCCGCGCGCGCCAUCUCUGCAACGGUGAAAGCUCAUCGGCCGGCGGCCGAAGCACAUAGAAAGUGAUAGAGAAGAAGCUACGGACAGAAUGAAGAUAGAAGAGGUACAGAGCACCGCGAAGAAGCAGAGAAUCGCCACCCACACUCACAUAAAAGGCCUCGGCCUUGAGCCAAGUGGAAAGGCAAUCCCUUUGGCGUCUGGCUUUGUGGGCCAGAUAGACGCCAGAGAGGCAUCUGGUCUUGUUGUUGAUAUGAUAAGGCAGAAGAAGAUGGCUGGAAAGGCUCUUCUAAUGGCCGGGCCUCCCGGUACCGGGAAGACAGCUUUGGCCCUUGGCAUUUCUCAGGAACUUGGCAGCAAGGUUCCGUUCUGCCCAAUGGUGGGAUCAGAAGUUUAUUCAUCAGAAGUGAAGAAAACGGAAGUUCUGAUGGAAAAUUUCCGUAGGGCAAUUGGCUUGCGUAUCAAGGAAAAUAAAGAGGUUUAUGAAGGAGAGGUCACUGAACUAUCCCCGGAAGAAACUGAAAGUGUGACUGGUGGAUAUGGUAAAAGUAUUAGCCAUGUCAUAAUUGGUCUAAAGACUGUUAAAGGGACUAAGCAACUGAAGUUGGAUCCCACCAUCUAUGAUGCCUUGAUAAAGGAAAAGGUGGCUGUGGGGGAUGUUAUAUACAUUGAAGCAAAUAGCGGAGCAGUUAAAAGAGUGGGGAGAAGUGAUGCUUUUGCUACAGAGUUUGAUCUUGAAGCGGAAGAGUAUGUCCCACUUCCUAAAGGUGAAGUGCACAAAAAGAAGGAGAUAGUUCAGGAUGUUACACUGCAUGAUCUAGAUGCUGCUAAUGCAAGGCCUCAAGGUGGGCAAGACAUAUUGUCUUUAAUGGGGCAAAUGAUGAAACCAAGAAAGACCGAAAUAACAGACAAGCUACGCCAGGAAAUAAAUAAGGUUGUUAAUCGGUACAUUGAUGAAGGUGUGGCAGAACUUGUUCCUGGAGUUCUGUUCAUUGAUGAGGUGCACAUGCUGGAUAUGGAGUGCUUCUCGUACCUGAAUCGGGCUUUAGAGAGCUCAUUGUCUCCUAUAGUAAUCUUUGCAACUAAUAGAGGAAUAUGUAAUGUAAGAGGGACCGAUAUGAAUAGCCCGCAUGGGAUACCUGUUGACUUGCUGGACCGCUUGGUGAUUAUACGGACACAAAUUUAUGGCCCUGCAGAAAUGAUUCAGAUAUUGGCAAUUCGUGCACAGGUCGAGGAAUUGGUAGUUGAUGAAGAAAGUCUAGCAUUCCUUGGAGAGAUUGGUCAGCAGACAUCCUUAAGGCAUUCUGUUCAGCUCUUAUCUCCCGCCAGUAUUGUAGCAAAGAUGAAUGGUAGAGAUAACAUUUGCAAGGCCGAUCUCGAUGAAGUAUGCAGCUUAUAUCUGGACGCCAAAUCCUCAGCAAAGCUACUUCAAGAACAGCAGGAGAAGUAUAUUUCUUGAGCUGAUGAUCCUGUGGACUUUCCUUCAGAACCACCCACCUUGUCUCCAUAGAUAUUUGUGUAUGCUUGAUAUCUGCAUUUUGUUGUAAAGGCAAGUGAACUUCUCUGGAUCGAUGUUGGCACGCAUGCAUUAUUCGUUUCAUACAAUACAAGAGACGAUCUUUUUCUUCUCCCCCAGUUCAAUGAUGUUGGUUGCUGAAACUGUGUAGUAAACAUCAAACACUAGGUUAAAUUUCCAGACUUGUGCCGUAGUAUUCUCACAAAAGCUCUAUGUUGCAGUGAAGUGCAGACAACAACAUGCCCCCAGUUUCAUUUAUUCGUUUCCCCUUUCUCGCAGACCCCCUUUUAAAUCACUCAUAACAUUAACACCCAAACCCAGCUCUCUAAGCUCUUAUUUAUCCCAACUGUAACAUAUUUGAGAACCCUUAUUAGUAGUCAAACACGAGUACACGGCCCACUUUUUUUGAAGCUCCAUCGACAUAUCUUGCAUCCGUAUUUUUAGCGACUCACAUCAAGCCAAUGAACAGCUCCUCCCCAAUCCAAACGACAGAAAUUCUUUAUUUAUACGAAGAGAUCGACGUGUGCAAGAGGUAGUAAUUUUUUAUGUGAUGUAUCAAUCUUGUUGAAUGAAUUUGUUAAUGACGAAUGAUAUUCACAGAGUUUUGGAGGAUAAAUUGACUUUUUUAGGGUUCUCAACCGUGCUAUAUUUGGUAAUGGAAUUGCUUUUCGCCUUGCUUUUCAUUUCUCGUUUGAUUUUAGCUCUGAUUUCUUUGAUUCAUUGUCCAACUAUUCAAUUGCAAACUACAAUUAGUUAGCAAAGAGAUAAAUGUCAUGAAAAUGAAAUUGAUAACCAACUAAUACAGUGGUAAAUGUAGAAUGGAAAGGAGAAAAUAGUUCUUCGUUUUUUGUAUAUUAGUUGGCAUAAUUAUGUGCUUUAUUUUUGGUAAAUAUACAUAAAUCAUAUAUUUUCUGACAUUAUUAUAAUUCGUGAUCGGUAAAUGGAAGGCAGAAGCAGCCGGAGUUUAAAAUUCAUUCUCGUCUCUCUGCUUCCAUAACCAAUGCUAUUAUCAGUAAGUACCAAAACCAAUCAAUAUCAGUAGCAAGUUCCAAACAAGGGAAGGUUUGCGACUCAACAAUCCCAAGGAAUUUCCUCGAUGGAAUUAGGGGUGGGCAUCAGGUUUGGGAAACGAAACCGAAAUAUAAUUUAUUCAGCUCGAAAACAAGAAUUGUUUUUUUUUCCUUCUCCCAUGGUUCAAUGAUGUUCCUUUUUGUAACGGUGUGGUAAACAUCAAAUAUCAUCAUUAUAGAUGAUUUUAUUCUCCAAAUUCAUUCAACUUCUAAACGGCGUAUGCUCCAAAUUCAUGCAUUAAUGCAUUUAUUAAAAUACUUAAAUUGAUUAAAUGUAUCAAUUGAGAGAAUUUUAACUUCUAAACAUGGUCUAAGUACUAAACUUUAGAAGUUCUCAAAAAUAUAUGAACAUAUUUAUUAAUAAUCAAACUUUUGUCCGUUAAGCGCGUUUUUGUGUGGUUAUGGUGGUGUAAUAACCGCUAUCACUAACCACAAAACUAAAAAUUUGUUAAUAAUAACCAAUUUGCUAACUCUAGAAUGUGGUUUUGAUGAGUCAAAUCAUAUGUUGUUCGGUGCCGUUUACAUAGCAAACCAAAACUUCGACCUCAAAUUAUAGUGAAUUUGAUAAAUCUUGGACUAGAUUCCAAAUCAUAUUUGUAAUAUGUAUAUCAUAUGUAUCUCUCAUCCAGUUAGUAAAAUUUGUUCGCUCAUAUACUUACGUACAUAGUUAGAAGACAUUGUGUUAGUGAACAAUAUAAUUGUGUAUGCCGUUUAUUUUUUCUUACUUAGUCAAUCUUGGUCCACCACAGCAAGACUAACAAACAGACAUUUUUAACAAAUUUUAAUUAAUUAA